CACUUCGGUUAACUAGCUCUUUGUUCGUUAGUAUGCGAAUUGAUAAGAAAUGAUGAUGUAUCAUUUUACAAUCGUUAAUUGUCGUUAAAGAUCCUCUCUCUCUGGCCUUAGUAGGCGUUUUGCCACUCGUUAAAGAUCGUUUGUUUAAAAUACUCCUCGUCAGCUUUACGUGCUUUACCGCCACUUCCACGAGCCAUUUCGCUCCGAGAUACUCAAGUUUGUGGUUCACCAUUUUCUCUGUGACCGAAGCUUUCAGAAUAAUCAAUUCGAUAACGUGUUGGAAGUUUCCGAGAUCACCAAUUAAACAAGAUAUUCUUCAUGAUGCAAGAACAGAGUUUCUAUGUGACUGAAUUCAAUUAUCUCAACAAAGCUAGUUUCAAAAUAAACGAUUUAUUUUGCUCUAACUGCAAAGAAUUGUUCAAAAACAAAAUCUACACGCCCUGUUACGAUGGCAGCCACGAUGGCGACGAUGCUAAUCUGUGUGAGCAAUGCUAUGCAACCCAAGACCUAAAGCAUAUUACAUGGCUGCAAGUCCACUCAUAAACCAUUUAAGCAAUGCACAGUUCCCAUGUUUGCUUGAACAAUGUGCAUUCAAGGGCACAUAUGGUGAAUUUCAUGAUCAUAUCAAGGAGUGCCUACAUGGACCAAGUGUAGUAUGCCCAUUUGAAGGGCAAAUAUGCAAUCUUGUGGAAUUUACAGAGCAUUUAAAACUUCAUGGUGAUUUACAAGAAAUUACCUUGGAAACACUCAGUAUUCCAAUUGAAUUAACCCAUUUGAACAAAGGAACAGUUAUAAUUGUUGCCCAUUAUAAAACAAACACUUUUAUUGUGAUUAUUAAACCAAUGGAUGAUACUGUAUCAAUCAAAGUGAUGAAACAUUUUAAUGCUUAUGAUCCUGCAGUGAUGAAUUAUAAAAUAAUCCAUCAAGAUGCCAGAAAGCAAACACUGUUCAAUGAUGGAAUGGUAAUACCUAUGUCAUCUAUUUUUGAUGAUAAGGCAAUUGAUCAAGGAUUAUUACUCGAAUCAUCAUUUUUUAGUUCAGAUUCAAAAAUAACUUUGUAUCUAACUGACUAUGAAUUAAUCAAAAUUGAUUUGAAUACUUGUCCAGUUUGUUUGAAACAUUUACUGGGUGAAAUCAAGCUUUGUCAAAGUGAUCAUGCAAUAUGUUACUCUUGUGCAUCAAAACUACAAACAUGUCCAGUUUGUCGUUGCGAGAUUGUUAAACAGAAACUAAAUUUAAAUCAUGUACUGCCAACUUAUGAUUUACCAUGUGAGAAUUUUGAUGACGGCUGCAUGACGUUCAUGAAAAUAAGGGAAAGGAAACAGCACAAUGAGAUGUGCCAAUUUCGAACUGGUAAAUGCACGUUUUGUUCAUCGCCAUAUAAAAUUCAAAACUUUUUAGAUCACUUACUCGAACAUGAUAACUUUUGUAAAAACUUUGAGACGCAUAUCUUGUCGAUUACCACUGGUACUAUCAUACCCACUUGUAUUUAUAUUGUGUACAGAUCGAAUGUGUUCUUUGUAUCAUCAUCAUAUACUUCACCGACGUUGCAGUUCAGUGUUAAACAAGUAAAGGUCAGUGAAUAUGCUGCCUCUAAAUAUAGGUACGAAAUUAUUCUUUUCGUCGGAAAAGAAAGCGACAAAGUUGUUGCUAAAGUUGGUAAUAUUUGUAAUUAUGACUCUUUGAUAAAUAUUUCUCAAUUAGCUAAGUUUUUAUAAAUUAAUGUUACCGGAGCUUUUAAAGUCAAGUGCCAAUUUAAUAUUUUCUAUAAUUAUUAACAUCUUGCAAAGUAUUGUUUCUAUUCAGUUAUUUAAGUUUAUAUUCUAAACUAGAGUAUUAUAUACACUUAUAUUAUGUAAACUAGCGUUAGUACUACUUACUUUUUUGUCUGCUGGAGGAACGGUAAUUCAUCACUCACUUUUAUAAUUGUUAUUAAUUAAGUUUAAGAUAAUUUUCUACUUGUGUUUACUAUAAUGUUAGUUUUGUGUAGGUUAUGAAUAAAAAUAACAACAUAUUCUAUGAAAUAA